AUGACGGACAUCAAGUAUAUGUUAUUGGUCUCGCGCCAGGGAAAAUCGCGGCUUAUGAAGUGGUAUAGCGUAUACACUGCAAAAGAAAAGGCAAAAAUCAUCAGAGAACUCACCACCGCGGUGCUUUCACGUAAACCUAAGAUGUGUAAUAUAUUAGAAUACCAGGACCACAAAGUCGUAUACAAAAGAUAUGCUAGUCUUUAUUUCAUCUGUGGGAUCAAUGCGGACACGGAUAAUGAACUUUUGACGCUGGAAAUUAUUCAUAGGUUUGUCGAGACAAUGGAUGCGUAUUUCAACAACGUUUGCGAAUUGGACAUAAUCUUCAACUUCAACAAGGCAUAUAAUAUUUUGGACGAAGUGCUAAUGUGUGAUGGAUCAAUUACUGAAACGAGUAAACAAGACAUUUUGAGACACAUAGCUACCAUGGACACCUUAGAAACAAGUGAUAAUCUGAACAAGGUUUUGAGUUAA